GGCUCGGGGUCACAUGUGUGAACAGCAGAAUCCUAGCGAUAGGGACAAACACUCGGAAGUACGCCCUGACGUCUGCACACAGGAGUAAAGUAAACCAGGGCAGUAAGUCUCGUUGAUAAAGCAAACAACUGAGAGGAGAACAUAAAAAGGAGAGGAGUGACAGCUGUUGGACAGAGGAAGAGAGGGAGGUGCAGCAGAACCGAGAGGGAGGGAGGGAAAGAGAGGAGAGAGGAGAAAGAGAUAAGAGUGCGGCAAACAGGAGACAUUGAGAGGAAGCACAUGGUGUAAAAAAUGCCUACCAACUUCACUGUUGUCCCAGUGAAGGACAACACUAAAAAGGCAAAAAAGGGGAACGAGGAGGAUGAUGUUGAUGACAACAAUGUGCUGAAAGAGGAAGAGGAAGACGCCACAGGUGAUGGCGUCCCAAAGGAAAACAGUCCUUUUAUCAACAACACAGACAAUGACAAAGGCAACAGCUACGAUGGCACCAACUUGGCUCUUUUUGAGGAGGAGAUGGACAGCAACCCCAUGGUUUCAUCUCUCCUCAAUAAACUGGCAAACUACACCAACCUCACCCAGGGGGCCCAGGAGCAUGAGGAGGCUGAUGAUGAUGAAGGGGCCAAGAAGAAAGCUGUUAAGAGCCCUCAGAUGGGGACCUUCAUGGGUGUCUACCUCCCCUGCCUCCAGAAUAUACUGGGGGUCAUCCUGUUUCUGCGUCUUACCUGGAUUGUCGGCACUGCCGGCAUCUUGGAGUCCCUGGCUAUUGUCUGCUUGUGCUGCUCUUGUACCAUGCUGACAGCCAUAUCCAUGAGUGCAAUCGCUACCAAUGGUGUUGUUCCAGCUGGAGGCUCCUACUAUAUGAUUUCCAGAUCUCUGGGCCCAGAGUUUGGUGGAGCUGUAGGUCUCUGUUUCUACCUGGGCACAACCUUCGCUGGUUCCAUGUAUAUUCUCGGUACUAUAGAGAUUCUCCUGACCUACAUUGUGCCUAAAGCCGCCAUCUUUGUGGCUGAGAGAAAGGAGGACGAGGUGGAUGCCCUGCUGAAUAACAUGCGUGUUUACGGCACCUGCUGUCUAGCGCUGAUGUCCGUGGUCGUCUUUGUAGGGGUGAAAUAUGUCAACAAGCUGGCGCUAGUCUUCCUGGCCUGUGUCAUCCUCUCCAUUAUCGCCAUCUAUGCUGGAGUCAUCAAGACCAUCUUUGAGCCGCCAGACUUUCCUGUUUGCAUGUUAGGGAAUCGCACUCUGCAGAACCACAACUUUGACAGUUGUGUCAAGACGGUGGAUAUAGGCAACGUGACCGUCACUACCAAGCUGUGGAAGCUGUUCUGUGACGGACCUGAGCUCAAUGCCACCUGCAACGACUAUUUUGUCCAAAACAAUUUGACGGAGGUGCAGGGCAUCCCAGGACUGGCCAGCGGAGUCAUUUCAGACAAUUUGUGGUCAGAAUAUGGCCCUCUGGGUAUGUUGGUAGAAAACAAGAAGUUGCAAUCUAUUGGGGAAGGUGACUCUUCCCAGGACAUCUACAUGCCCUAUGUUGUCAAUGACAUCACCACCUUCUUCACACUGCUGGUCGGCAUCUACUUCCCGUCAGUCACUGGUAUCAUGGCUGGUUCAAACCGGUCAGGUGACUUGCGGGAUGCCCAGAAGUCUAUCCCCAUUGGGACCAUCCUGGCUAUCGCUACCACCUCCUUCAUCUACAUCACCUGUGUGAUUCUAUUCGGUGGCUGCAUUGAGGGAGUUCUGCUGCGAGACAAAUUUGGUGACGCAGUGAAAGGUAACCUUGUUAUAGGCACACUUUCAUGGCCCUCACCCUGGGUUAUUGUGAUUGGCUCGUUCUUCUCCUGCUGUGGGGCGGGGCUACAGAGUUUGACUGGCGCCCCGCGCCUGCUGCAGGCCAUAGCACGAGAUGGCAUCGUGCCUUUCCUGCAGGUGUUUGGUCACGGGAAAGCUAAUGGAGAACCCACCUGGGCUCUACUGUUGACUGCUGGGAUCUGUGAGAUCGGUAUCCUCAUCGCCUCCCUGGAUGCCGUGGCUCCCAUUCUCUCCAUGUUUUUCCUCAUGUGCUACUUGUUUGUCAACCUGGCCUGUGCAGUUCAGACCCUGCUACGGACGCCGAACUGGAGACCACGUUUUAACUACUACCACUGGGCUCUGUCCUUCCUGGGAAUGAGCUUGUGUCUUGCUCUCAUGUUCAUCUGUUCCUGGUAUUAUGCUAUUGUGGCCAUGGCAAUCGCUACCUGCAUCUACAAAUACAUUGAAUACAGAGGGGCAGAGAAGGAGUGGGGAGAUGGCAUCCGGGGCCUGUCUCUCAAUGCAGCACGAUAUGCCCUUAUUCGCCUUGAGGAGGCGCCACCACACACUAAGAACUGGAGACCUCAGUUGCUGGUGCUCCUGAAUGUUGACUCAGAUCAGGGAGUCAAACACCCCCGCCUGCUGUCCCUCACCACUCAGCUGAAGGCGGGGAAAGGCCUCACGAUAGCGGGGAAUGUUUUAGAGGGAACCUAUCUCACCAAAGAUGCCGAGGCCAAGAAGGCUGAGCAGAACAUCAAGUCUGCCAUGUCAGCAGAGCGAACAAAGGGUUUCUGCCAUGUUGUGGUGUCUUCCAACCUCAGAGAUGGUGUCUCCCACCUCAUCCAGUCUGCGGGACUGGGAGGCAUGAAGCACAACACAGUCCUAAUGGCUUGGCCUGGGAACUGGAGGCAGUCCAAUGAUCAGCAGUCAUGGAAGAAUUUCAUAGAGACUGUGCGGGAGACCACAGCAACCCAUCAUGCCUUGCUUGUGGCCAAGAAUGUGGACAGUUUCCCCACCAACCAAGAGCGCUUAGGGGAGGGCACCAUUGACGUGUGGUGGGUGGUUCACGAUGGAGGCAUGCUGAUGCUGCUGCCCUUCCUGCUGCGACAGCACAAGGUGUGGAGAAAGUGUAAGAUGCGUAUCUUCACCGUGGCCCAGAUGGAUGACAACAGCAUCCAAAUGAAGAAAGAUCUUCAGGUGUUCCUUUACCACCUGCGACUGGAUGCAGAAGUGGAAGUGGUGGAGAUGCAUGAUAACGACAUCUCAGCCUUCACCUAUGAGAAGACACUGGUGAUGGAGCAGAGGUCUCAGAUGCUGAAACAGAUGCAACUUUCCAGGACGGAGAGGGAGAGAGAGAUUCAGAGUAUCACUGAUGAAUCGCGUAGCUCAAUCCGGAGGAAGAACCAGGGCGCUGACUCGAGCACGAACCUCAGCACGCAGUCCUCAGCGGCGGAGGACACUCACGAGGACGAGGCCCAGCUCAUCCACGACAGAAACACAGCGUCUCACGCGGCCUUAAAUGACAAGGCCGACGCUGGGCCCGAUCGGGUUCACAUGACCUGGACCAAGGACAAGCUCUUCACAGAGCGGAACCGGAACCGGGAGUGCAAUGCCAACGUGGCUGUACGCGACAUGUUCAACAUGAAACCAGAGUGGGAGAGUCUGAACCAGUCCAACGUUCGCCGGAUGCACACAGCUGUCAAGAUGAACGAGGUGGUGGUCAACAAGUCGCAGGGGGCUCACCUGGUUCUGCUCAACAUGCCCGGACCACCGAGGAACAGGGGAGGAGACGAAAACUACAUGGAGUUCCUUGAGGUUCUCCUCGAGGGUCUGAACCGGGUCCUCCUGGUGCGAGGCGGCGGCCGUGAAGUCAUCACCAUCUACUCUUAACAAAAAACAAAACCUCUCACGCCCCACCCUGCACACAUGGGCUGCUGCCAUGGAUACCGGUCACCAGGCAUUUUUUGGGGAAGAAGCCUAAUUUCUUUUGUUUUUAUGAAGGGCUGGAUUGUCUGAAGGCGGGACCACUUGUGAUUGACAGAUGGUUUAAAGGACCCCAGGAUGAUGGAAACAGCGUUGAAUCGGUUGACUGGCUGAGAGAGCAGCCACAGUGUGUGUCCACGCUGGCUCACAGCAGCCCUGCAUGUGGAAGAUAGAGCAUAGAGACACUUUAUAUUGUUCGUUUAACUCUGAAAAACAUGAUGUCCUGUUACAUGUUCAUGUUCUUUCCCUCUUGUGUCGAUGUUGUCAUGCUACUGGCACUCACUGUUUAAAGAAAAGCAAAGAAGUGCGUGCUGAUGAUAUGAACCUCGAAGUCUUUAUGUUGUCCGGUGCACAGAGGGGUUUACUGGGCCUGAGAACAAAGCAUGCACAGGCAGAACAAGUUACAUAACAACUCGUACUGGAUUUUUAAUAUUACAGUUUGGUGGUCUGUAUGUUCUGCAUCACCAUUUGUGCUAAAUGUUUUCAUUUGAAAUAAUUAGGAAACUUGCUUCAGCCUGAACUAGCGAGAGGGCGGGCAGUCUGUUUAGAAGCUUCUAGAACAUCCUGUUUGGGGUUGCCGAGCCGUCAACGUCGUCCCUAAAGCAGCAUUUGUAGUCGGAGUGUCCUGUAGUUGUUUGCCUUAUCGAUGCUGUAGUGAAGGCCAGGGAGUCCGGAAGGAUGCUGAACAUGCACCACAUGUUGGACCACCUUCUGUUAAGUGGAUGGGAGCAUUUUUAGAUGUCCGGUACCAAUACGUGAUCUUGAACAUCUCCCAACCUCAAAGGACACUUUGAUUAGGAAAAACAGCCAUAGUUAAUAUUCUAGGACCCUUUGUAAGCUUUAUAGAACAACAUAUAAAACGCACAUCUAUACAUAUUUAUGGU